GUUUGGAUGAGCGUGGCAAGCUGGUGGUGCCGACCAGUGGUAGAGCUCCACAACACUGGCAUAUAAAGAGAGACAGUAGGACUCUCACCUGGUGUGGUGCUCACCUCAGACUGUUGAAUAUGUUGAUGGCGCUGAGAAUGGCUGUCAGGAGGAGCUCCAGGAUGCUGGCAGCUAUGGUGAUCAUGGUAGCAACUGGAGCAAGUCAAGCUUAUUAUUCCUCUGCAUCUUCCAUCAAAGCUUGUAGUGCACCCGGAGAAGUGUGUGUGCCACUGACGUCUUGUCCUACCUUGCUAGCCAUCACCAAGAACCCUCACCCUUCCUGGGAAGCUCUCAGGAAACUCAGGCAUGCUGUUUGUGGGAAGGAUAUGAAGAACGUGAAGGUUUGCUGUAACCAGUUAGCCAGUCCACCGCCAACGAGUGCCCCGACCACAACCUGGAGACCGCUUCCACCCGUCCAGCCUCCGUCUUCUCAUAUUUUGCCUUCCCACUGCGGCGUACCAUCCAUAACGGAAGGAGUUCGAGUAUUUUUUGGGGAAAACGCUCGUCUGGGCGCCUAUCCGUGGAUCGCUACUCUUGGAUAUCGAACGGAAGAUAAUGAGGUUGACUGGCUGUGUGGAGGAGCACUCAUAGCAGACAGAUACAUCCUCACUGCUGGACACUGCGUCAGCCCAGCCUUCAACUCCAACAGAGAACUGGUGACCAUUCGGCUAGGUGAGCACGACCUGAGCAAGGAGGUGGACUGCGUGGUGGAGGGAGGGGAGAAGUGCGCUCCACAACCCCAGAAAUUCACUCCCUCCAAGGUCACCGUUCACCCGGACUUCAACAAGCGAGGUCUCGUCAGCGAUGACAUCGCUGUCAUCAAGCUAGACAGACCCGUGAAGGUCUCCACCGCCGUACGACCUAUCUGCCUACCGGCUGCUGGCCAGGAGCCUCCGGCCCGGGCGGUGGUAGCCGGAUGGGGUGUCACACAGAACGGAAACAGUUCAGACGUGCUCCAGAGAGUAGUUCUUCCCUUCGCCAACGCCACCGUCUGUAACCCACACUACGGCAACAAGCUAGUCAAGGAACAGGUGUGUUACGGAGGAGCCAGCAGCAAGGACUCAUGUUACGGUGAUUCCGGAGGCCCGCUCUUCUCUUCUCCUGGCGGGGAAACUACAUAUACCUUGGUUGGCAUCGUAUCCUUCGGCAGACCAGUGUGCGGAGUGGUGGGGGUGCCUGCUAUAUACACCAAAGUCUCCGCCUACACUAGCUGGAUUCUCAGUAACCUAAUACCAUAGAUAAUCACCAUAACAUGCGCCAUGGUCAAUGUGACAAACAACAAAAGUUGCCUAUAAUGGCAUGUAUAUUUUUUUGGCACUUUUAUGUGACUUAAAUAGCAAUAGUAUAUACGCUAUGUACAGUUUCUGUGUGAGGCAGAUGUCCUCUGUAACAUCUGUCUUUUACAGGUGUUACAUCGGACUGAUCUGUCCUGUCAUAUCUGUUGUAUACAAAUCUUGUAUAGGUUUGAUCUAUUCAAUCCUCUCAGUUAUGUAUAAGUUCAAUAUAGGACUGAUCUGGCCUGCUAUGAAAUUUGUAUACAUGUCCUGUAUGGAACUGAUCAAUUCUGCCAUGUCUAAUACAUACACGUCUUUUGUAGGAACAGUCUCUUGUACCAUUUCUGUUGUACACAGGUUCUAUACAGGACUGAUCAGCCCUGCAGGGUAUACAGUGUUCAGGUCCUGUACACAACUGUUGUGUUCUACAGCAUCUCUCAUAUACUGGUCUGUUAUAAAACUAAUCCUCUUUACAGUAUCUGUCACGUACAGGUCUUGCAAAUUACUGAUCCGUUCUGCUGUCUCUAUUAUGUACAUAUCUUCUAAAGGAAUUUAUCAAGCGAUACGUAUUGUGUACAGGUCAUGUACAGAACUGAUUUGUUCUAUCAUGUCUAUUGCACAUACAUCCUACAUAGGCCUGAUCCGUCCUAUCAUAUCCUUCAUGCACAGAUCCUGCAUGAGAUUGAUCUCCAAUGCCAUAUCUGUCCUGUACAUAUCCUACUUAUAUCCUGCUAUAUCUCUUGCGUGCAGGUUCUGCAUAAGAAUGAGCUGCCUUGUUAUAUCUAGUGUGUACAGACCUUCCAUAGGGCUGAUAUAUUAUACGAUAAAUAUUGUACACAGGUUCUUUAUAGGAGUGAUACAUUAUACAACAUCUGUUGUCUGUAAGUCCUGCCAUCAACAGUAAUUUAUUUUCCUACGAGGCUUUUACAAGUAUAUUUGGGAUAUGGAAUAAUCUAAAGAUAAUUUUAGAGAUCAUUUUAUGUCAGAUAUUAAGCAGUGGAUUAACAUUCAUUGCAAAAUUUUGCUUUAAGUCUUCUUCACGACGAGUUGUGGAUGGAAUGGUAAGAAUGAAUGAUAAUAUGAUUCACUUUAGCAAAAAGAAUGAAUCGAGUAAACAGGAUGAUUUACGUUAACGGAAAGACUAGCAUAAACAGAAUGAACUAUCCGUGUUUCAGUCGCUGCACUAUCCGAGAAAGUUAUCCCAGUAACCCAUAAGUCAAUGUACAGAGUGCGGCAUAAGUUUCUAAUGUGGUUGAAUAUCGGUGUAGAAGAUUUUAAGUGAAUUAGAAUAGGCAUUCACAAAUUCCCAUUUUCUUAACUGAAAAUGGCAAACUGACUGCUUCUCUAAGUAGGGAACACCAGCUUUAAAGCCAAAGUUUAAAGCCAGAGUUUAAAGCCAAACGGAAGGAUUACUUUCUAGUUUUUCUUUUUACACUCACUAAUAUCCCAAAAUGCACCAGCACUUUAAGUUUAAAGCCGCUCAGAAAAUGCAUUCUCAUGUUACUGCCGUUUAAGGUUCGAAGCCGAUUAGAUUAGCCAUUCACAAAUUAACGCCAAAAAAAAAAAAAAAAAAAAUCCUCGAACAAAAAUUCUUAAAUAAAACUGGCAAACUGCCAUCUAAGGAGCCCAAAAUCAUUCAAUACUCUCUUCCAAGGAAUUAAAGUAAACCCUCGCCAGAUAUGCACAUUGAGAGACGUUGACCUAUGGUUGUAUGAAAUAGAAAAUGAUUUAAAGACGCUUGAACAAACACUAGGAUAUUAAUGAAAUCACAAAACAAGUGACUUUCACUAGAAAACGUUUUCUCUGGACAUUUUCAUUCGUCAGUUUGCUUCAAGUGUCCAUUUAUUAGCUAAAUGACUAAAUUAUCUCCAGUUGCAUCCAUUAAAUUCAAACGUAACUUAAUAACAACGCUAGUAAAUACAUCUUAUUGGAUAAGUUUAAAACUGGAAUCUGUUUGGUUACAGGCCACCAAACCUUGAUAGGGAAUGCAGUAAAUUUCUAUAGGACGAGAUUCGUAAGGCAUCUGCAUACGAAAAUGUUGUGCUAAUGGGGAUUUUCACUUUAGAUAAAUUGACUGGAGCAAUUUGACAAGAAAUUUAGAGCCAAAAGAUUUUCUUGAUACGAUUCAGGAUUGUUUUUUUAAACAGUUUGUGAUUGAACCAACUAGCGGAAAUAACCUGCUUGACUUGGUCCUUGCCAGCAGGGAAUCACUAAUUAAUAAUCCUGAGGUUAAUGAUGAGCUUGGGGAAAGUGAUCACAAAUCACUCGGUUUUAAUGUAUCAUGGAAUUACCCUAAUAAUGGCAAUCAAGUCUUUGCCCUUGACUUCUGCUUGGCUGAGUUCAUAGGACUGAGAAAUUACCUGGAUGGGCUGAACUGGAAUGACCUGACUAUGGGUCAGGUAGGUGGUGAUGGUUGCCGAUAUGACGUUUUCCAGAGCAUAGUUCUAGACGCUCAGACAAUUAAUGUUCGGAAUAGGGAAACCAGAUCAAACAAAAACGAUUCUCAAUGGAUAAACAAUAGACUAAAACAUCUCAUUGGCCAAAAGAGAGACAUAUAUAGGCAAAUCAAAAGAGGAGAGGGGAAGUUAAAAAAAAUCAAUGUAUUCAGUUAAAGGGAGAAAUAAAAAAAAAGGAAUAAGAAAAGCAAAGAAAGAUUAUGAAGUUAAAGUUGCAAGGAAAUCGAAGACUAUCACAAAAGGAUUCUUUCAGGUAUACAGAAGUAAGAUCAGGGACAAGAUAGACCCACUUGAGAGUUACUCGGGUCAGCUCACGGACAGUGAUAAAGAAAUGUGUACAUAUUUUAACACUUACUGCCUCUGUUUUUACACAGGAAGAUACUAGCGAUAUUCCAGAAGUAAUAAAUUAUGUAGAACAGGAUGAUGAUAAACUAUGCACGAUUAAGGUCACAAGUGACAUGGUCCUUAGACAAAUAGAUAAAUUAAAACUUAAAACAAAUCCCCAGGCCCUGAUGAGCUAUAUGCAAGGAUUCUAUAGGAAUGUAAAGAGGAGCUUAGCAAACCUUUGGCUAAUCUUUUAAACAUAUCACUACAAACUGGCAUAGUGCCAGAUAAGUGGAAAAUGGCAAAUGUAAUACCUGUUUUCAAAACAGGUGACAGGUCCUUAGCUUCGAACUAUAGACCAAUAAGUCUAACCUCCAUAGUGGAAAAAUUUAUGGAAUCAAUAAUUGCCGAGGCAAUUCGUAGCCAUCUUGAUAGGUACAGAUUGAUAAAUGAAUCUCAUCACGGUUUUACAAAAGGGCGUUCCUGCCUUACAAAUUUACAAACUUUUUUCACUAAUGUAUCUGAGGAGGUAGAUCAUGGUAAUGAAUAUGAUAUUGUGUAUAUGGACUUUGGUAAGGCUUUUGAUAGAGUUCCACAUCAGAGGCUACUAAGGAAACAUAAGGUACAUGGAAUAGGAGGAGAAAUUUUUUCUUGGGUAGAGGCAUGGUUGACAAAUAAUCAGCAGAGAGUUUGCAUAAAUGGGGAGAAAUCAUAAUGGGGGCACGUCACAAGCGAUGUUCCACAAGGGUCAGUGUUGGGCCCUUUGUUGUUCACAAUUUACAUAAACGACAUAGAUGAGGGAAUAAAUAGCGAUAUAAGGAAGUUUUCUCAUGACACCAAAAUAGGCCGUCCAAUUCAUUCUAAUGAGGACACUAGAGCACUCCAGGAUGGUUUGAAUAGACUGAUGCAAUAGUCGGAGAAGUGGCAGAUGCAGUUUAAUAUAGAUAAGUGCAAAGUUCUAAAUAUUGGACAGAAAAAUAACCAUGCCACAUAUAAACAAAAUAAUGUAGAGCUUAAAAUUACUGAUUGCGAAGAGGAUUUAGGAGUUCUGGUUAGCAGUAAUCUAAAACCAUGGCAACAGUGCAUUAGUGUUCGCAAUAAAGUGAACAGAAUUCUUGGCUUUAUAUCAAGAAGCAUAAAUAAUAGAAGUCCUCAGGUUAUUCUUCAACUCUAUAUAUCCUUGGUUAGGCCUCAUUAGAUUAUGCUGCACAGUUCUGGUCACCGUAUUACAGAAUGGAUAUAAAUGCUCUGGAAAACGUGCAGAGGAGGAUGACAAAGUUGAUCCCAUGUAUCAGAAAUCUUCCCUAUGAGGAUAGACUGAGGGCCCUGAAUCUGCACUCUCUAGAAAGGCGUAGAAUUAGGGGGGACUUGAUUGAGGUGUAUAAAUGGAAAACAGGAAUAAAUAAAGGGAUUGUAAAUAACCUGCUAAAAAUAUCUAGCCAAGACAAAAUUCACAGUAGUGGUUUUAAGCUGGAAAAAUUCAGAUUCAGAAAGGAUAUAGGAAAGCACUGGUUUGGUAACAGAGUUGUGGAUGAGUGGAACAAACUCUCGAGUACCGUCAUGGAAGCUAAAACGUUGUGUACUCUUAAAAAUAGGUUGGAUAAAUUCAUGAGUGGGUGUGAGUUGAACCUGACUAGCUUGUGUUGAUGGGUCUGAUGCCGUGCCCCUUCUUUAACUGGGUGUGACCUGCCCUGACUAGCCUUGGGCCGGUGGGUGACUUGGACCUGCCUUGCAUGAGCCAGUAGGCCUGCUACAGUGCUCCUUCUUUCUUAUGUUCUUAAGUUUCGAAUUUUGUCAACUUUUGUAUUGUAUUAAAAUUUCUAUUAAAAUAGUAUGGUCUCCCAUGUAUAUGUUUUACUGACACUUAACGCAGGAAACCAACUGGUUGAACUUUAAUUAAGUUCCCUCUAAAAAUAUUAUUGAUAUCGUAGAAAGGCAAAUGUGGAUAUUGAUCUAAUGUUAAUUUGUACCAAAAUUUAAAAAUUAAGAAAUAAAUUAAACAAAUUU